CAUAAGGUCACGAAAGGUCAAGCGUGAUGACGACUGCGCCUCACCUGACGAGUUCACGUCGAUUAGAAAACUUUCAUGAAAUCGGCUUUUCUUAAUAUCAUUUCAGAACAAUGGAGGCGAUCUCAUGCAGCUGAUGCUCAGCGCAGAAGUUGAGGACGAAGCCCCUGUCAGCACGCACACGCUCACGACGUCCGUCGAUUCAGACAGCGCACUUGAAGAGAAGCAGCCUGUCAAAGCAAAGGAGAGCGGAAAGAAGUGCUUUCUAACAAAUACGGAAAUUUUGGCCAAUGGCUUCACCUUCUUCGUAGCGGGGUCCGAGUCAACAGCUUCAGCUCUGGCUUAUACAGCCUAUCUCCUUGCAAAACACCAGGAUGUUCAAGACCGUCUUCGAAAAGAAGUCCUUGCCGUCCUGGAGAGAGAUGGAGCCUUUACGUACGACAACGUUUUCAGCAUCAAAUACAUGGACCAAGUUAUAUCGGAAUCACUUCGUUUUUAUUCGUCCUUCAUAGACUUCACAACAAAAGGAUGUACAAGAGACUACGUCCACAAGGGUAUCACAAUACCAGCUGGAACCAACAUCGUUAUUCCCAGCUACCACAUGGGCCACGACCCAGCCUUUUGGUAGCAACACGAAAUUUUCGAUC